AUGGAGGGUAGGAGAAUGGCUAUGGAGGUGCUGAAUACACAGAGGAGAGACAAGCCUUUGAGUCUUCCUGAGCAAAGCCUGCUGGCAGGAGGACCAGAAGAUGUGGACGAGUGUGUGGAGGGGACCGACAACUGUCACAUCGAUGCCAUCUGCCAGAACACACCGCGAUCCUACAAAUGCAUGUGCAAGUCUGGAUACACGGGAGACGGGAAACACUGCAAAGAUGUGGAUGAGUGUGAACGAGAAGACAAUGCGGGCUGCGUACACGACUGUGUCAACAUCCCUGGCAACUACCGGUGCACCUGCUAUGACGGCUUCCACCUGGCACACGACGGACACAACUGUCUGGAUGUGGACGAGUGUGCCGAGGGCAAUGGGGGCUGUCAGCAGAGCUGUGUCAACAUGAUGGGCAGCUACGAGUGCCACUGCCGGGAGGGCUUCUUCCUCAGCGACAACCAGCAUACCUGCAUCCAGCGGCCAGAAGAAGGAAUGAACUGCAUGAACAAAAACCAUGGCUGUGCCCACAUCUGCCGGGAAACCCCCAAAGGGGGCAUUGCCUGUGAAUGCCGCCCUGGCUUUGAGCUCACCAAGAACCAGCGGGACUGUAAAUUGACCUGUAACUAUGGGAAUGGCGGCUGCCAACACACAUGCGAUGACACAGAGCAGGGGCCCCGGUGUGGCUGCCAUGUCAAGUUCGUGCUGCACACAGAUGGGAAGACGUGCAUUGGGGAAAGGCGGCUAGAGCAGCACGCGCCCCCCCAGGCCGUUUCUAAUGAGACCUGCGCCGUGAACAAUGGUGGCUGCGACAGUAAGUGCCACGAUGCCGCCACGGGUGUGCACUGCAGCUGUCCCGUGGGCUUCAUGCUGCAGCCAGACAGGAAGACCUGCAAAGACAUCGAUGAGUGUCGCCUCAACAACGGGGGCUGUGACCACAUCUGCCGGAACACGGUGGGCAGCUUCGAGUGCAGCUGCCGCAAGGGAUACAAGCUGCUUAUCAAUGAGCGGAGCUGCCAGGACAUCGACGAGUGCUCCUUCGACCGGACCUGUGACCAUAUGUGCAUCAACACACCUGGCAGCUUCCAAUGCGUGUGCCACCACGGCUACCUGCUCUACGGCCUUACCCACUGUGGGGAUGUGGACGAGUGCAGCAUCAACCGCGGAGGCUGCCGCUUUGGCUGCAUCAACACCCCAGGCAGCUACCAGUGUACCUGCCCCGCAGGCCACGGCCGGCUGCACUGGAACGGCAAGGAUUGCACAGAGCCGGUGAAGUGUCAGGGCGGAGCUGGUGCCUUGAAAGCCAUGCUCAGCUGCAGCCGCUCAGGCAAGAAGGACACCUGUGCUCUCUCCUGCCCGUCCCGAGCACGCUUCCUGCCAGAGUCUGAGAAUGGCUUCACCAUGAGCUGUGGGACCCCCAGUCCUCGGGCGGCUGCGGCACGUGCAGGUCAUGCUGGAAACAGCACGCAUUCCGGCCACUGCCAUGAGGCCUCAGUGCUGGCCGUCAAACAGCGCGCCUCCUUCAAGGUCAAGGAUGCCAAGUGCCGUCUGCACCUGCGCAACAAAGGCAAAACGGAUGAGGCUGGCCGGACACAGGGCCCAGGUGGUGCUCCGUGCUCCGACUGCCAGGUGACCUUCAUCCACCUCAAGUGUGACUCUUCUCGGAAGGGCAAAGGCCGCAGGGCCAGGACCCCUCCCGGCAAGGAGGUCACUCGGCUCACCCUAGAACUGGAGGCCGAGGUCAGAGCGGAAGAAACCACAGCUGGCUGCGGGCUGGGCUGCCUCCGGCAGCGGAUGGAGCGGCGGCUGAAGGGCUCCCUGAAGAUGCUGCGCAAGUCCAUCAACCAGGACCGCUUCUUGCUACGCCUGGCCGGCCUUGACUAUGAGCUGGCCCACAAGCCCGGCCUGGCCGCCGGCGAGCGCCCUGAGCUGGUGGAGGCCUGCCGGCCUGGACAGCACCGAGCCGGUGUCAAGUGUGUCAGCUGCCCGCAGGGAACUUAUUACCACGGCCAGACGGAGCAAUGCGCGCCGUGCCCGGCGGGCACCUUCCAGGAGAGGGAAGGACAGCUGUCCUGCGACCUUUGCCCUGGAAGUGAUGCCCACGGGCCUCUCGGAGCCACCAACGUCACCACGUGUGCAGGUCAGUGCGCCCCAGGUUCCCACUCUGCUGAUGGCUUCAAGCCCUGCCAGCCGUGUCCCCGAGGCUCCUACCAGCCCGAAGCCGGACGAACCCUCUGCUUCCCAUGUGGGGGUGGCCUCACCACCAAGCACGAAGGGGCCGUCUCCUUCCAGGACUGUGACACCAAAGUCCAGUGCUCGCCAGGCCACUACUACAACACCAGCAGCCACCGCUGCAUCCGCUGCGCCAUGGGCUCCUACCAGCCCGACUUCCGCCAGAACUUCUGCACCCGGUGUCCCGGAAACACCAGCACCGACUUUGACGGCUCCACCAGCGUGGCCCAGUGCAAGAAUCGCCAGUGUGGUGGGGAGUUGGGUGAGUUCACCGGCUAUAUCGAGUCCCCCAACUACCCAGGCAACUACCCAGCCGGCGUGGAAUGUGUCUGGAACAUCAACCCUCCGCCCAAGCGCAAGAUCCUGAUCGUGGUCCCCGAGAUCUUCCUGCCCUCUGAGGACGAGUGUGGGGAUGUCCUGGUCAUGAGGAAGAACUCCUCGCCAUCCUCCAUCACCACCUAUGAGACGUGCCAAACCUACGAACGCCCCAUCGCCUUCACCGCACGUUCCCGCAAGCUCUGGAUCAACUUCAAGACAAGCGAAGCCAACAGUGCCCGUGGCUUCCAGAUCCCCUACGUGACUUAUGAUGAGGACUACGAACAGCUGGUGGAGGACAUCGUGAGAGAUGGCCGGCUCUAUGCCUCAGAGAACCACCAGGAGAUCUUAAAGGACAAGAAGCUCAUCAAGGCCUUCUUUGAGGUGCUGGCCCACCCCCAGAACUACUUCAAGUACACAGAGAAACACAAGGAAAUGCUGCCCAAGUCCUUCAUCAAGCUGCUCCGGUCCAAAGUUUCCAGCUUCCUGAGGCCCUACAAAUAGUGCCGUUCAACCCUCAACCCAGGUUUUAAAGCCCCCACACGCCUUAGCCCUCAGAGCCAGCAACCCCAGCCUCAGGCCCAGAGCCCUCUUGUCUCUCUUUCUAGAGAGAAAAGUAUCUGUCUGUCCACCGGGUCCUCUCCCUCAGGGUCCUACGAACCCCUUGUCCUUGUCUAUCUGUCUGUCUGUCUGUCUUAUCCCUCUCUUUUG